CCUCAAAGCUACCGAUAUUUUUUGGUAAAAAAAACGUGUUCAGAAAAGCAUUGUGUAAGAAAGAUGAAGAACGUUGAUCCAGCAUGUUCCCUUUUGAAAAUCACUAUUUUGCGAGCACUGCUAAAAGGGACGCAGCACCACCAAGUUUAAACAAACAGAGCAUCAGAAAAGCAAAAGGCAUCCGGUGCUUUUGCAAGGAUGGCAGUGGACAUGGCGAUGUCAUUAGCAUCCCAGCUCGAUCGGUGCAACACAAAGCUGCAUUUGCAGAAAGCUUAGUGUGCCCAAGCAUCCAUGAGUGAGCAGCAUCAAUGGCGCGAUUACUAAAAUUAUUAAACUAGUGAUUGCCCCCGGGAGGGCCGCCAUGGCAGUGGCUCCGAGCGAGGUAGCCCAACCUCGGCGUGCUCCCUUGCCUCCAUUUCUUUAACCCGACGCCCGAAGCUUCCUCCGAUCAGAAGAUACCAAACCUUCGCCGGCCACAGCGCGAACGAACUCCCCCCGCGCCGGGCAACGGCCACGCCGCCGCCGCUCCCCGCGCUCAUAAUAAGGCGGCCGCCACGGCACGGCACGCCGUCGCUGAGCUGAUGCUGGCAUGCUGCUGCCGCUGCCGCUGCCGCUUGCCGUUGUAGCUCGCCGCCGCCAUGUCGACCAGCCGGGGGCGCCUCCCUGACGAGCACCGGCCACGUUCCGAGCAGUACCACCACCAAGACGGCGGCCGCGGCGUCUACGGCGACCGGCAUCAGCAGCGCGAGGGCUACGGCAGCGACGUCUACGGCGACCGACAGCAGCAGCGCGACGGCUACGGCGGCGGCCACUGGCGACAUGAGGACGGGCGGCGCCCGCACCGGCGGUCGCGGUACGACGACUUCCGGGGGCACCGGUCGGGCGUGCUGGAGUGGACGGCGGCGGUGGUGUUCACGGUGCUGGCCAUCGUGGUGCUGCUGGCGGCGGUGACCGUGCUGGUGGUGGUGCUUCUGCUCCAGCCCCGGUCGCCGUACCUAGCCGUCCGGGCAGCGAGCCUGAACUCCCUGGUGUACGACCAGCAGGGCGCGCUGGACGACGUGCAGCUCUCGCUCCUCGUCGAGGCCCGCAACCCCAACGCGCGCUCCGCCGCGUCCUUCUCGCGCCUGGAGCUCCGGCUGGCGUUCAGCGGCGUGGUCCUCGCCAAGCUCCGCGCCGACCCGUUCGGGCUGCCGCCCAGGGGCGCCCUGCCGCUGGCCUACGCGGCGCGCGCGCGGGGCGCGCCGCUGGACGCCGCGCGCAGCGCCGCCGUGGAGGCCGCGCUCCGGGACGGCGUGGUGCCGUUCGGGGUGGACGGGGAGGCCAGGACGGCGUGGAAGAUCGCGGGGCUCGUCGGCGUCCACCACUGGACCCGGCUGGCCUGCGAGCUCCGGUUCUUCUGGCCCAACGGCACCGCGCUCCACUUCAGCUGCAACUCCAAGUCCAAGUUCUGGUUCUUCUGA